GUCUAUCUGUCUGUCUAUCUAUCUAUCUAUUUAUCUAUCUAUCUAUCUAUCUAUUUAUCUAUCUCUCUGUCUAUCUCUCUGUCUGUCUCUCUCUCUAUUUCUGUCUCCGAUCCUUGCUCUCCUCUUUGUCUGACUGACUGACUGACUGUCAGCCUAUCUGUCUGACUGUCUUUCUCUCUCUCCCUCACUCUUUCUCUCUUUUACUCGAUCUCUUUCUCUUUGACACUCUCCUUCUCCCCCUCUCUCCCCUCUCACUCCGUCUCUUCCUCACUCUCUCUCUGUGUCUCUCUGUCUCUCUCUCUCUCCAUUACGCACAAAUUGCCGCUCUCCGACAACACCACACAACACCACAUCACAAACACACAACACAGCAACUACACAACAGCACACAGCCAAAGACACAUCACCAACGACACAUUCACUCACUGCCAAGCUUCUUAGUUUGUUCCGCCCAUCCAGAGAAAGGCUUCGAUCUCUCUCACACAACACAUAUUAAACACACAUAUAUAUAUUUAUAUAUACACAAAAUAUAUAUAUAUAUAUAUAUAUAUAUAUAGAACAAUGUCACCAAUUAAAGAAAAGGAACGUAUUAAGGAGUUCUACGAAGAUGUCCGAAACAAUUCCACCGGAACAAAUUGGGCAUUAUUGACAUAUGAUGGAGACAACAUUAUUCCCCUUGAAACUGGGGAAGAUUUUGAAGAUUUUAAAUCUCAUUUCACAAGUGAAGAACGUUUCUAUGGAUACCUGCGUAUUGAAACAGGAGAUGAAAUGAGUAAACGAAGUAAAUUUGUUUUUAUUACGUGGGUUGGGACUCAAGUAUCAAUGAUGAAACAAGCUAAAGUCAGCACAGAUAAAAAUUUCGUCCGAGACAUCUUGACGAAUUAUGCUGUAGAAGUGUUUGCACAAGAGCUUUCUGAAGUCUCAUAUGAUACGAUAGCCGACCUUGUGAAGAAAGCUGGUGGGGCAAACUACGGAACUGGAAGGAGAGAUUAAGAAUUACUAUAUUAUAAUAAUCAUCCAUAUACAGUUGUUGUUAUUGUUUUAUUUUUUCAAUUGAAUAACAACAAUAAAAAUAAUAAUAAUAAUUUCUUUCAUUGGCCUCAAGGGCGAUGGAUAAAGGACACUUUAUAAAGACAAGUAAUAAAAAAUGGUGUAAAGGUUUUUGCGGAAUUGAUCAUGAAAAAACAAACG